AUGGCAGCUGUUCAAGAGAAGACGACCCGCGGGUCUAGUGCGGCUGCGCCACGUAAAGUCCGCUUCAAUGUCGGCAGCGAGUACCAGAUUGUGGACGUGAUCGGAGAGGGCGCAUAUGGCGUCGUGGUUUCGGCGAUCCACCGGCCAUCCAACACGCGCGUGGCCAUCAAGAAGAUUGCCCCAUUCGACCACUCAAUGUUUGCACUCCGCACCCUCCGUGAACUCAAGCUGCUCAAGUACUUUGCCGAUGAGGGUGUCAGCGAAAACAUCAUCACCAUCCUCGACAUUAUCCCGCCACCAUCCUUCGAGCACUUUAAAGAAGUGUACCUUGUGCAAGAACUGCUCGAAACGGACCUCCACCGCGUCAUUCGCACGCAGGACCUCAGCGACGACCACUGCCAGUACUUUAUCUACCAGACGUGUCGAGCGCUCAAGGCCCUCCAUUCUGCCGAGAUCAUUCACCGUGACCUCAAGCCGUCCAACUUGCUGCUGAAUGCCAACUGUGACCUGAAGGUGUGCGACUUUGGCCUCGCCCGCAGCACGCAGACCGCCUUCCCGAAUAAGGAGCAGGGUUUCAUGACCGAGUAUGUGGCGACUCGAUGGUACCGUGCACCAGAGGUUAUGCUUUCGUUUAGAAUGUACACCAAGUCCAUCGACGUGUGGUCCAUCGGGUGCAUCCUCGCCGAGAUGCUCAGCGGCAAGCCCAUCUUCCCAGGGAAGGACUACCACCACCAGCUCUCCCUCAUCCUCGACGUUCUCGGCACACCCACAAUCGACGAGUUCUACGCCAUCACCUCGCGUCGCUCCAAGGAGUACAUCCGCACCAUGUCGUUCCGCAAGAAGAGAGCCUUCGAGACCAUGUACCCUAAAGCGAACCCACUCGCCGUCGAUUUCCUCACCAAGACGCUCACCUUCGACCCACGCAAGCGGUAUACUGUGGAGCAGUGCCUCGAGCACCCGUACCUGGACGCGUACCAUGACCCCGAGGACGAGCCGACGGCCAAGCCAUUGGAUCAGUCGUUCUUCGACUUUGACCUGUACAAAGACGAGAUUUCGCGCGAGCAGCUGCGCAGAAUGCUGUACGACGAGAUAGUGUCGUUCCAGCGCCCGUAG